CAGUCAAAUCCAACACUCAGUGAAAAACUGUGUGGAAGUUUGGCUGGAUGGAACAAAACCUUCUCAAAUGGCAGAGUGUUUGUCACAUUCACGACCGAUUCAACUGGAACUGGAAAGGUUUUCACUACUUCUUUACUAGUAAAGCUUCUCCACGUUAAUUUUGUUCAGGGAUUUGUGCUACAAUUGACGGAGCAGCUUCACGAUUGCAGUUCUGAUCGGCUUGUGCUCAAUGAAGGUGAUCCACCCAAAAUACUCACUUCACCCGAAUUUCCAAAGAUGUCACCGAACUCUCUGGACUGCGUUUGGAUGAUCAGCGCACCUGGUGGUCAUCGUAUAAAAUUCACUGUUGAUCCGACCACAUUCGAUCUUCAGGACUCUUCACUGAGAGAGUUGUGCGCGGACGAUUAUCUGGAGAUACGAGAUGGUCCAUCCAAGCUUUCUCCGCUUUUUGGUAGGUACUGUCGCAGUGAGCCUCCGAGUACAAUCUACAGCACCGGGUCGUAUUUACACAUUCGUUACCAAACGGAUUCGUUUGCUCAGUCUUCUGGUUGGAAUGCUACAUACGAAAUUGCGUCAUGUGGUGGAAGUAUUGUUAUUCCGGUGAAUGGUAGCAGCGUGCUCCGUAGUCCGCACUAUCCUGAGCCUUAUCCGAGUCAAGCCGAGUGUGAUUGGACAGUAAUGGCUCCACGAGGCCAUUAUGUCAAUGCAACGUAA